CCAUUCUUAUUAACUUUAUAAAAAGUGGUGCAGCAGCAGCAGCAAAGAGUAGAGAGUAAAGAUCAAAACAAAAUAAAAAAAGGAAAAAGAAGAUGAGACGGGGGCAUCACCGGCGUCGAUCAUCGACACCGUCAGUGGACUUCGGAGUAGACGAUGAAGAAGAAGAAUCAUCGGAAACUCAAAUGAAGUGCGUUUCAUGCAAGGAGGAUUACAGCUCACGUGACGCCGGCACUUGCAGGGAGUGUUACGAAGAAGCUAGCGAGACUGAGGAAGAGCUCAAGCGUGAGAUCGAAGACCUUAAAGCCAAAGUAAACUUCCUCCGUUUCUGGAGUCCAUCCCAGCACCUCCACCAACAACAACGAACUGUGCCCUUCUUCUCCGACAUCGUUUUGGUCGCUUCCCAUGAUGAGUCCGGCAAAUCCACCCCUCACCCUGUUCCCGUUCCUGCAAAUCGCGCUCUUCUGGCCAGUCGUUCCCCGGUGUUCAGAGCUAUGCUUGAAAAUGAGAUGGAAGAAAGCCUCAGUGGCACGAUUAAAAUCAGUGAUGUGUCUUAUGAAGCACUUCGUGCCUUUGUGACCUAUUUAUACACCGCUGAUGCAUGCCUGGAUGAGCUUAUGGCUUGUGACCUUCUGGUUUUGGCAGAAAAAUACCAAGUGAAUCAUCUGAAGACGUAUUGUGAGAAGUUCCUAAUUUCCAAGUUAAACUGGGAGAACUCACUUCCUAACUAUGGAUUUGCUCACCAGCACAAUGCAAAGAAGUUGCUUGAUGCAGCGCUUUCAUUGAUCAUGGAAAACAUGGACAAGCUGAGCAAGCGAGAAGAAUACAAAGAACUCGUGGACAAGGAUCCCAGGCUAGUUGUAGAAAUCUAUGAAGCUUACCUUUCCAAACAGGUUAACACUGCUGUGCAGAAAGAUCCAGUUGCUAAAGCAUAGUCCAUGGUCAUAUUGACUUAAGUAGUAGAAGGAUUGUCUAAAUAUAUAAAAUCCCCAAAUGAUGAAUGUUAACUGGAAUUGUUUGAUUUGAAAGAUCAGUAAGAAUUAGGUAUAAAUGUUCCGGCAUUGCUACAAUCACAAAGUUUCUGAA